UGAUGUUUUGUGUCACACGAAAGCGGUAGAUACAAUUUGCGUUGGUGAUACACGCCACAUUUACCAUUGACCGCCGCCUCCGAUUGUAAAAAAUUCAAAUAAAACACGCAAAAGUACAAUAAGCUUUUGCCAAACCAUUAUUAAAAUAAACAAGUGACUAUUGAUUUUUGUGCAUUAACCUCAUUGUUUCACCACGUGUUACACAAAAUAGUUCAACAUAGAAAUGGCUGCUACUGGUAACUCUAAAGUUUAUGAUGAACUCGAAGAUGGCAUGACUGCUGAAGACAUGAUCCAAAAGGGGAAUGGCCUAACUUACAAUGACUUCAUCAUACUACCAGGUUACAUUGACUUCUCCCCCGACCAAGUCAGUUUAACGAGCCCCCUGACCAAAAAAAUUAACAUAAAAGCCCCUCUGGUGUCGUCCCCCAUGGACACUGUCACAGAAGCAGAUAUGGCUAUAGCCAUGGCUCUCUGCGGUGGUAUUGGUAUAAUCCAUCAUAACUGUUUGCCAACGUACCAAGCCAACGAAGUUUUGAAAGUGAAAAAGUACAAACAUGGUUUCAUUCAUGACCCCGUCGUUUUGUCGCCUACUAACUCAAUCUCGGACGUAAUAGCCGUUAAAAAAGCUCAAGGAUUUUGCGGAAUACCCAUCACCGAUAACGGUAAGCUGGGUGGACGACUUCUCGGCAUCGUAACGUCGCGUGACAUUGACUUCGUUGACGAGAAAGAUGCCAGCGAAACCAAACUGGAAACGAUCAUGACAAAAGACCUUGUCACCGCACAAUCAGGAGUGACGCUCCCGGAGGCGAACGCAAUCUUAGAAAAAAGUAAAAAGGGUAAACUUCCCAUCGUGAACGCCCAAGGCAACUUACUGGCACUGAUGGCCAGGACCGACAUUAAGAAGGCCAAAAGCUACCCCAUUGCGUCGAAGGACGACAACAAGCAACUUCUGGUGGGCGCCGCCAUCGGUACAAGGGAGGAAGACAAGGAGAGACUCGCCUUGUUGGCUCAAUCGGGAGUCGACGUUGUCGUCUUGGAUUCAUCCCAAGGCAACUCCAUCUAUCAAAUCGAGAUGAUCAAAUACAUCAAAAACUCCUACCCCAAUUUGCAAGUUAUUGCCGGAAACGUAGUAACGGUGAAACAAGCCAAAAACCUCAUUGAAGCCGGAGCGGACGCUUUGAGAGUGGGUAUGGGAAGCGGUAGCAUCUGCAUCACCCAGGAAGUUAUGGCGGUGGGCAGAGCUCAAGCCACUGCUGUGUACAGAGUCUCACAAUAUGCUAGGAAAUUUGGCGUACCUGUAAUUGCUGAUGGAGGAAUACAAUCUAUUGGACACAUCAUUAAAGCUCUGUCUUUGGGUGCUUCUACGGUAAUGAUGGGCUCUCUCUUGGCCGGUACCUCUGAAGCCCCAGGUGAAUACUUCUUCUCUGAUGGUGUCAGAUUGAAGAAAUACAGGGGUAUGGGUAGUAUUGAGGCUAUGGAUAGGAAAGAUGCUAUGGGCUCAGCCAUGAAUAGAUACUUCCAUAAUGAGGUUGACAAAUUGAAGGUGGCUCAAGGUGUUAGUGGUAGUAUAGUAGACAAAGGCUCAGUAUUGCGAUUUGUGCCGUAUUUACAAUGUGGUAUAAGACACAGCUGCCAAGACAUUGGUACCAAGUCCCUCAAGGAACUUAGAGACAUGAUGUAUGAUGGAAAACUUAGAUUUGAAUUGAGAUCAAACUCGGCUCAAUUAGAAGGCAAUGUUCACAGUUUGUUCAGUUACGAAAAACGAUUGUUUUAAGAUCAUUCCUUUUAUUUUAACUUGUUGACUAUCAACAUUUACUUAAAUAUUUUGAGCAUUUGUUGUGAUGAUAAGUUUUUAUAUUUUUGUUUGUUUUUUUUUUAUUAACCGAAUUAUGCUGGAAAUGCAUACUUAUCAGAUUGUGAUUAUUGGAGACUUAAGUCCAAUAUUGUAGACAUCCUAUUGUGUUAUUUGUUCAAACUUCCAAGUGACCAAAAUAAUUUUUUAUAUAAAAUCCAGAUUACCUAAAAUUUAUAAAAGUAUGUAUGGUAUUAAAUUUGUUAUUUAAAAAUAUAUUUUAAUAUAUAUUAGAUAAAAGAUAUAGUUGAUGUGUGUGCCACAAGUUAUUUUUAUAUACAUGAAUAUUAUGUACAUGAUUUUGAUUGAGCAACAGCAUAUCAAUUUCAAUAUAUGCAUAGUUAGAA